GUGUAUUCGUGUGUGUCUGGAGUCAGGGGGAAACAAAUCUCUAGCACACAGUUCCAGCGCAACGUCAGUGGAUUGCAUACGAAAGACCGUCGUUGUCAUAUUCCGCCGACUUCAUAACAUCAGGACUUAUAAUACUCUUCCGACAUAUGAAAGUAGAGGGAUUUGUCCUUUCGUUCAAGAGAAAACGGAACAGUAAGAUUCAGAAGAUCCUUGUAUUGCUCCCUGUAGAAGCUAAAUGCAAAAGACAAAAACAAGCUUGCAUGGUUGAAGGUGGGGAAGUAGAGAGUGGAUGUGUGGUUCUACAUAGCUUUCUUGGUUACCAAGGAGACUAGAAAAAGCCUCUGUUGCGGCCAACUCUGUCCUCCGAGAAGAGAUAGAGUGUCACCGAGGGCAAAGAGAAGCAAAUAGAGUGGACAGACUCUGAAAAGAAGCCUAAUUUCCCAGUGGCUGUUUUUUAAAAAUUUUUUUUUUCACAUUGUCACACUCCAUCUGCCUUUGUGGCAGCAGCCAAGUCUGUUUCGUAACAGCCAGCCGUGUCUGUUUUUCUGAGCCGAACAACAAAUUCUGCAGUUAACAAAAUAUUUUGCACUUGCACUACUUGAUUUGCGAUUCCAGAGGAGCUGAGACAAAGGACAGGGUGUUGAGACACCCGGAUACGCCAUGAUUCAGAUUUUACAGAACAAAUCCGAGAAGAAUAUUUUCACCAACAUGAUUUCCCACUGUUGUUCAAGCAGUCCAACCUAGUGAACUUAUUCAGCUCUGUGUAAUCUAUUGUCAGGUGAAUCGUAUCACCUUAGCAACCGCUUAUUUUUACAGUAUUAUAAUGAGUGAUGACAACUCAGACUCCGCCCCCAGCAAUGAUACCGAUAGUGGAGCCGGAGGGGUUGAGAAAAAAGCAGGGCUUGUAAACCGAUCCUGCGGCAUGAGUGAGAGUUCCCUCUCAUCAAAUCGGGUAAAUAGCGGGACAGGAUCAUCUCCAGGAGGGGUAUCUGAUACCAAAGGAUCUGCAGGUGACACCCGAGGCACAAAUUCCGAUGAUACGGAUGGACUGUCAAGUGGAAAUGACUCUGGGGAGAGGGAAAGUGAAGGAGGGAAUGGAUCCAGAGGGAGAAAGUCGAACCGAAGUUAUCAGAGUUCCUCCAGUCAGAAUGGAAAAGACUCAGGCAUGUGUCUGGAGACUACGGAGAGCAACAAGAGCUCAAACUCUCACAGCCCGUCUCCACCCAGCAGCUCUCUGGCUUACAGUCUGUUGAGCGCCAGCUCUGAACAAGACCCGACAUCCACCAGCGGCUGCAGCAGUAAUCAGUCUGCUCGCAUCCAGACCCAGAAAGAGCUGAUGAGAGCCCUAAAUGAGCUGAAGAUCCGUCUGCCACCGGAGAGGAAGAUGAAGGGAUGCUCCAGCACUCUUAACGCCCUCAAAUACGCCCUCAGCUGUGUCAGACAAGUCAGAGCCAAUCAGGAGUAUUAUCACCAGUGGAAUGUUGAGGAGUGUCAUGGCUGUAGUCUGGAUCUCUCCACCUUCACUGUUGAAGAACUGGACAAUAUCACCUCCGAAUACACGCUCAAAAACACAGACACAUUCACCAUGGCGGUUUCGUUCCUGUCUGGGAAGGUUGUGUACAUCUCUCCACAGGGUUCAUCUCUUCUGCGCAGUAAGCCAGAGAAGCUGCAUGGGGUUUUGUUUUCUGAGCUUUUGGCCCCCCAGGAUGUGAGCACCUUCUACAGUAACACUGCGCCCUGCAGACUGCCUCCUUGGGCCUCUUGCAUUGGCUCUGUCUCUACACCGGGGGAUUGCACCCAAGAGAAGUCCAUGUUUUGUCGCAUCAGUGGAGACAUCUCAACCAGUGGUGAUGUGAAGUACUACCCGUUCAGACUGACCCCCUACCUGCUCACGCUCCAAGACUCUGACGCCGCUUACCCUCAACCCUGCUGUUUGCUCAUCGCAGAGAGAGUGCACUCGGGAUAUGAAGCCCCUCGCAUUCCUGCAGAUAAGAGGAUAUUCACCACCAGUCACACCCCCAGCUGUCUCUUUCAGGACGUGGAUGAGCGGGCAGUUCCUCUGUUAGGGUACCUGCCUCAGGACCUGGUGGGAACCCCUGUCCUGCUGUGCAUUCAUCCGGAUGACCGACCCAUUAUGUUGGCCAUCCAUAAGAAGAUUCUUCAGUUUGCAGGGCAGCCGUUUGAUCACGCUCCCUUGCGGAUGUGCACAAAUAAUGGAGAGUAUCUGACCAUCGACACCUCUUGGUCCUCCUUCAUUAACCCCUGGAGCAGGAAAGUGGCCUUCAUCGUUGGCCGCCACAAAGUCAGAACGUCUCCACUGAAUGAGGAUGUCUUUACCUUGCCGAGGGGUCAGGAGGAGCGGACCCUGUCCCCAGACAUCGCUCAGCUCAGUGAGCAAAUCCACAGGCUCCUGGUGCAGCCGGUCCACAGCGGCAGCUCUCAGGGCUACAGCAGUCUGGCCAGCAAUGGAUCCCACGAGCACCAGCCCAGUGCCGCCUCCUCAUCAGACAGCAGUGGACCGUGUCUGGAGAACCCCUCACAGUUCCACAGACCUAUGACCUUCCAGCAAAUCUGCAAAGAUGUUCACAUGGUGAAGACCAGCGGACAACAAGUCUUCAUUGAAUCCCGCAACCGACCUCCACUUAAAAAGCAUUGCACUGCAGGUGCUUUGCAAGCAGGUGAAGCAGCGGUGCCGGGCCACAGUCUCUGUCCUAGUGUUGCACCACCCUCAAAGAGCUCCGCACCAUCUCUGAUUGUGCGUAAGGAGCCGCCCACCACCUACUCUUAUCAGCAAAUCAACUGCUUGGAUAGUAUUGUAAGGUAUCUGGAGAGCUGUAACAUCCCAAAUACGGUGAAGAGGAAGUGUGGCUCUUCCUCUUGCACUGCCUCCUCCACCUCUGAUGAUGACAAACAGCAGGACGCUCCAGGCAAUGCAAAAGGUCCAUCUGUGUCUCUGGUAGAGGAGAGUACAUUGUUACCCCCACUGGCCAUGCACAGUAAAGCUGAAAGUGUAGCCUCGGUCACCUCUCAAUGCAGUUUCAGCAGCACCAUCGUCCAUGUGGGGGACAAGAAACCUCCUGAGUCAGAUAUCGUAAUGGAAGAAGCUCCGCCUACUCCAAAUGCCACUCAAUUCCAAGCUCCUCCCACAACCAUUGCCUCUCUGCCGCCUAGCCCUGCUCCUGAUAGGGAUGCAGGGAGAAGAGGAGGUCCGGGAGGAGCAGGAGAAAGGUUGGGUCUCACGAAAGAGGUCCUGUCGGCUCACACACAGCAACAAGAGCAGAACUUCAUGUGCCACUUCAGAGACCUGAGCAAACUCCGAGUGUUUGACCCAACCUCAGCUGUGCACCAACGAUCAACUGUCCCCUUAGCAAGAGGUGUGCGCUGCUCUCGUGAUUACCCAGCAGCUGGUAGUAGCGGGCGUAGACGUCGUCGAGGAGGCAAAAGACUGAAGCACCAGGAAUCUGCAGAGCAAGUGGGGUCUCGUAGCCCAGCCGGCCCACAACGAGGCCUCCACUCUGGGGUUCCCACCCUGGACAGGCCCUCAAACUCCUCCAUACCUAUGGGUCCUGCAGCCAGCUCCUCCUCCUGGCCCACCUCAGGGUCACAAGCUAGCGUUCCCUCUAUCCAGUACCCACCCGGCGUCCUUCCUUUCUAUCCUGUUUAUCCGUCUCUCGCCCAUCCCAUCUCAGACCCCAACAUACAGACAGGACUACGCUUCCCCCUUCAGAACUCGCAGAUGGUACCUCCCAUGGUCCACCCAAUGAUGGCGUUGGUAUUGCCCAACUUCAUGUUCCCGCAGCCCAACAUGGGCAUGUCUCAGCCCUUCUACAGCCCAAACUCAGCUUUCCCUUUUCCCGCUGUCAACACAGCCUCCCCAGCUCCCUGUCAGGUCUCGACCCCAGCACCACGCGCCCUCUCUCGCUCCAGCACCCCUCAGUCCUUCAGCCAAAGAGAGGCAGUGGCUGAGAGAGAAGGAGCAGAGUCUCCACUCUUCCAGUCUAGAUGCUCCUCACCCUUAAAUCUGCUGCAGCUGGAGGAGCUGCCGAGCAACCGGUUUGAAGUGGCGUCAGGGCAACAGACCACAACUCCUAUGGUGGGACAAGGAGGUGGAGCAGUAGGACAGGCCUCCUCCAAUCAGAGAGGUUCAGCGGUGGAUUUAAAAGAGAAUGAAAAUGGUGAAACAAAUGAGUCCAAUCAAGACGCCAUGUCCACCUCCAGUGAUCUGCUAGACCUGCUGUUACAAGAGGACUCUCGCUCGGGCACUGGCUCGGCCGCCUCAGGCUCUGGGUUAUCAGGCACAGGGUCUUCUGGAUCAGGGUCCAAUGGCUGCAGCUCUUCAGGAAGUGGAACUAGAAGCAGUCAGAGCAGCCAUACGAGCAAGUACUUCGGCAGCGUGGACUCCUCAGAGAACAGCCACUCACGAAAGCAGACAGCAGAGGGUGAUGGAGAGGCUCAAUUCAUCAAAUGUGUCCUACAAGACCCCAUCUGGCUCCUCAUGGCCAACACAGAUGAAAAGACCAUGAUGACCUACCAGCUGCCCAUCCGAGACAGAGACACUGUGUUGAAAGAGGACCGUGCUGCUCUGAGAGCCAUGCAGAAACAGCAGCCUCGCUUCACUGAGGAGCAGAAGAACGAGUUGAGUCAGGUCCACCCCUGGAUCCGUACUGGACGCCUGCCUCGUGCCAUCAACAUUUCUGCAUGUGUGGGCUGUAGGUCCUCUCCCUCUGUCCCCUCUGCGGCCCCGUUCGAUGUGGAGAUCCACGAGAUGGAGCUCUGCAGUGUUUUAGAGGUGACAGAAGAGGGCGCCGCUGCUGAGAAACUCACCCAAGCAGACACGGCCAUGGAGAAGAGCGAGGCCUGCAAAGACCAGCGGGUUGAGAACGCUGGGACUGUUAUGACAUCACAAAUCAAUGACCAAGAAAUGAUGAUGAUAGACGAACAGGAAGUGACCUCACAGAUCGAGGAGGAAAUGGUUGGCUGACUCACAGAGAUGACACACUAAAAGACAUUAUGAGUCAGUGGGAUCCUGAUGACAUCGUUUGUGUACGCAUUAAAUUAUCUAAUUGUAUUUAUUUCUAUAAAUAAAUGCUAAUUAGCCAGUUAGGCUGACAGAUGACGAAUGUUAAGCAUAAACGCUUUGUGAAAGACUGUGAUUAUCAUAAAUUUAAGAUAUUUUGGUUAUAGCAAAGACGUUAUGAUCUGUCGGUGGGAAAUAAAGGUUAGCUUUAGACUUCAAAAUGCCAGCUGUUCAAUUCCAGUUCUAGUGACAUGCAAAAACCCAUUUUGUGGCACGCUAAACAACUAUUUCAAAUGUUGUCCGAUGGGCUAAGGGCUCUUCACACCAAGGAUGAUAUCUAUAACCACAAAUAUAACUAUAGAGCUUUAAUCUAAAUAAUUUAAUCUAUAAGAAGAGGGAAGUCCACACCACAGCUAUAUAACAUGAUAAUGACACAGAUUAACAAUAUCACUUUAAGAACUUUUUUUUUUUCCAGAUGAUGACCAAUAAAUACAUUGACAGCCAAUCAGAAUCCAUCCAACUUUAAAAAGCUUGAGCAUUUAAAGUGCCAAAUAAACAACAUUAUCACUGGUUGGUGUGGAGGUUAAUGUAGUUAUCGUUAUUAGUUUGAACGGACCUUUAAACUCUGUGGUUUCGAGUUGAUUUAAGUGUUGUAAGACGUGAACAGAUUCACUGCCUUUGAGGACAGUCUGUUUCUCACCUUGUAUUUUUUGACAUUUCCCAGAUUUUUUGGAAUGCCAUUGUACUUUUCUACAGGUAUAUACAGAGUAGGAUUUUUUUGCACAAAUUUACAUACACAAAACCUUUUUUUUUAUUUAUCAUUCUGUUAACGUUUUAUACAUUACUGGUGCAAAAUUGUUCAUUGUCAAAGCUUGGAUGAUUUGUGUGCAAUGCAUUGCAGCUCCACAGAGGCACAUUGGUCUGUUACGGUUCACUUUCACCACUAAGAUGUCACUACAGUAACCAUGAACUUUCAAAGUCUAUCUGUAGCUCAAGGCAUCUUCUUGUGGAGCAACACUAAGUAAAGAGACGCUUCGGAGGUCACGGACAGAAAAAGCUGCCGCCCGUUGCUGGGUGAGAACUGUACAAUCAAAGGAGGAGGUUUUGAAAGGACAGCUCAUCCUCUUUUAUGUUCCACUGAAGAAGGAAAGACAUACAGAAAAACAUGAGGAUGAGCUAACAGACAAUUUAUUAUUUUGGAUGAACUAUUGAAGGAAUGAGUGAAAAAUAGUGUUGGCUCUAAGGAUUUUCCUCAUUUGACCUUUUCUCUGUCAUGUGCUCUUCCAAGUUGUCCUGAAACAGUUUGUAAGUAUUUUGUGUACUUCUUUAUAUAUGAAAAAUAAUAAAAUGAAUAUGGUA